GGUUCUGCCAAACGUCAAUUAGUCAUUCAUACUACCGCUUAUUUUACGAAUUAAAUCAUUAGAAAUUUUAAUCAAUUGAUUAAUUUCAUUAAUAAUGAGGCUUAAUAUCAUUAUUUUAUUUUACUUUUGCUCGUUUAUCGUCAGUAUUACGUGUUACAAUUUUAAAAUUCACGAUUCGUCGUCCAAAGAUUCAACGAAACGUCUGAGCAGCCAUGCGAGAAAAUUGGCUGAAAUGUGUUUUACAAAUAAUUCAAACCCGUUGAUAAUAACCGCGGAUUUAGUUGACGAUUCCGAAGUUCAAAACCCAUAUGAUUUUGAUGCCAAAAAUCCGAUGAUUGUAAUCGACGGUAAUUUUAAAUCAGAGAAGAUGACGGGUUUGAUUCCUUCUUACCCGACGUAUGUGCUUUCAUUUGAGUCAAUUGAAAAACUGGGAAUUUUAAUCAAAGAAUUUAAAUCAUCAAAAAUUUGGAGCAUCACGUCUCCAUUUUUGAUCCUGGAGACUAAUGAAGAGUCUGGCUGCGCAAACGCGGGAAAUAUAUUGAAAUUUUUGUGGAAAUAUGAUUUGUUGUCUGCGUAUUACUUGUGUUAUCAAAAAGAUCUGAGUUUUGUUUAUACUUUUAACCCGUUCACGAAGUACGCGCCGCUACCGUGGGAAGAAAUUGAAACUGCGGAAAAAUUUAUUGGGAAUAAAUCGACACUCUACAGUCUGAGAUAUUCAGAAGACCAGAAAGUAUGUAAAAAUCUAACCUUCGAUAAGACGCAGUACCUAGACGGCCACCAGAUUAAAGCCAGUGCUUUUGGUGUCAUAAAAAACGAUACUGCCCAAGGAAAAAUUCAUGCCCUAAACAAACAUAUGAACAAAACCUUAGGCGCAAAAAUCGUCGAUAUAUACAGUUUACUUUCGCACAUAAACGCCACAUGGAAAACAGAUUUUUUCCCUUCAAGUAUGGCACGAAAUGCGAACAACCGCGGCUACAUUGAGCUAUUGGUCAACAAUGAGUACGACAUGGGUGACCAAUUGCGGCAAUUAGCGGACACUAAUCCCGAGUUCACUGAUAUCAUAACCGCGUAUCGCGAAGUCAAGUUCUCAAUUAUCACAAAGAAAACCAAUUACUCAACGGCAAUUAGCGAGUUAGCUUACAAUCCACAGUUUCUGGUCCUGUGCCUUGUCGUGCUCAUCCUGAUAUCGGUGGUAAUAAUAAUUAACAACAAAUUUGAUGUAAGAAGGGGUAUUAUGGACGUGGUAAGAAUCUCAGCAAGCAUGGGAAUCUUGUCCCCCAUAGACCGUCUCUCUAUGCGGAUUGUUUUCUUUACCGGGUUCCUGUUUGUGUUCACGGUAAUGCCAGAGUUCCAGGGCCAGAUAACUGCGGUAUUGUCGAAACCAAUGAGACGCAAUGUUGAUACGCUGCAAGAUCUCUAUGAGCAUAAAUACCACGUCUACUUUGAUGGAAUACUACACAAUGAUAUGAUGAGUCAGAAAUUGUGGGAGACUGAUGAGGACAAAGAGUAUUUGCAUUCAUCAAAUUUCACGGUUAUCAAAGAAUGUUACAAGGAAGCACUUAAAGACCCGACUGUUGCGUGUAUUUAUAACACUAAUUCAUUAGUAUACAGAGCAUUGCAAUUUAAUGAGUUGCAUUUGUCAAGAAAAAUAGUGUUCAAAAAAUAUUUGGUCUAUUGGACCAGAAAAAACUGGGCUUUGAAAUCAAAACUUGAUGGCGUUGGUCUGAUCCCGCUGGAAAUGGGAUUUAAUAAGUAUAGAGAUGACAAGAAAAUAAGGGAGAGAAUUGAUAAGUUGAAGAAAAAAGACAAGAUUAAUGAAGAUACGAACUAUGGGCAAAUUGACUUGGAUAAUUUUGUGUUCGCUUAUAUUUUUACGGGAUCGGUUUUCUUGUUGGGAAUUGUGAUUUUCGGAAUGGAGAUACUUUUUAGUAAAUGGUCUAGACUUUACAGACAAUUUCAGCUCCGUAGAAGGAGUAGAGCUCGAAAUUGAAGAAAAUCGGUCAGGCGAAUAUGGGAUUUUGCAUUAGUUUUGGGAUAUUGUCGAGAAAAAUGGAUCAUAUAUGAAAAUUUGACCAUAUAUGAAGCAUACAUGCUCUAUAUGUAAUCUAUAUAUGGGCAUAUAUGAAGCAUACUUCUAUGAUCAAUGGCCCAUUUUCUUAUAUGGAUCAUAUGUGAACAUAUAUGAUGUGUAUAUGGACAUGUUUGAAGCAUAAUUAGACCAUAUAUGGCGAAUUUUUAUGUAUGGAUCAUCAUACAGCAUACAUGGGCGUAUUGGGAGCAUUUAUGGAUCAUAUAUGGACCAUUAUAGCGCAUAUAUGAACAUAUAAAGCAUACAUAGGAAUCUGUUUAUUUUUCAUAUACAAAUCUAUGGAGUAUAUAUAUGGGCAUUAGGGUGCGUCGUUUCGGAGCAAAAUUUUUUUUUUAGUGCAUGGAAAAAAUCAUAGUUCAACACAAAAAAAAAAUUUUCGCGCAAGAAAAAAAAAUUGUAUGUCGAUUACAGACCCAGCUCAUGGAAAAAUUCGACUCCCAUUUAAAUAACGCGGGAAAUUUUUUUUUUAACUUUGAGUAUUUUUACCUCGUUAACAAAUCGAUGGAUCGAAUAGACUAAUAUAUAUUUUGGUAGGAAAUUGAACGCUUUACAAAAAAAGGUCUCUUAUCAUUUUUUUGAUAAAUCCAUCUGUUCAAAAGUUAUUUGAGAUUGGAGUAAAGUUGGAGAUCUUUUUACUUUUCUGGCGAAACUAUCAGACUUAUCGCAAAAUGUCAUAGGGUCUUUUUUGUUGACAAUUUUAUUCUCUACAAAUUAUUAUCAAUAAAGUUUUUUCAAAUUCCGCAUUGUUUUCUAGUUAUUUUCACUUUAAUGUCGAGCUCUUGAAAUCGAUCAGAACACUACUUUUUUAAGAGCUUGAAAUUAAAAUAAAAAUAACUAGAAAACAAUGCGGAAUUUGAAAAAAUUUUACUGAUAAUACUUGUAGAGAAUAAAAUUUCCAACAAAAAAGACCCUAUGAAAUUUUGCGAUAAGUCUGAUAGUUUCGCCAGAAAAGUGAAAAGAUCUCCAACUUUACUCCGAGCUCUAAUAACUUUUGAACAGAUGGAUUUAUCAAAAAACGAUAAGAGACUUUUUUUUUAAAGCGUUCAAUUUCCUUCAAAAAUAUGUAUUCGUCUAUUCGAUCCAUCGAUUUGUUAACGAGUUAAAAAUACUCAAAGUUAAAAAAAAAAUUUCCCGCGUUAUUUAUUUGGGAGUCGAAUUUUUCCAUGAGCUGGGUCUGUAAUCGACAUACAAUUUUUUUUCUCGCGCGAAAAUUUUUUUUUUGUGAACUAUGAUUUUUUCCACAUGCACUUAAAAAAAAAUUUUGCUCCUCAAUGACGCACCUAAUGGGCAUAUAUGGACAGACAUAACUAUAUAUAAAAUAUAUGUGGAUCAUAUAUGGACAUAUAUGAAGCAUAUGUAGAUCAUAUAUGGACUAUAUAUUCAUAUAUAAAUCUUUACAGAGCAUAUGUGGGCAUAUAUGAUGCAUAUACGGGUUAUAUAUGAAGCAUAUAUGUCCAAUUUUCAUAUGUGGCCAUGUAUGAUUCGAUUUUUUACAGUUUGCUAGUAUUUUGAGAUCAUAGUUCAUGACCUUUUUAUAAAGCUAGAAAUUUACUGCAAAAACAUGAAGAAUAAUCAUAUAUUUGAAUCAAUACUUAAAGUACAAGUUUAUUUUAUAGUUGAUUUUUUAUG